UCUCCGGGUCGUCAUUACCGGAAAAAGAAACUGCGCGCUACUACAUCAGUUAGAUUUCGCCCCACCUGUGAGAUUUAGCAAGCACGUGUCUCUCUCCAUCGCCCCUGUUCUAUCAACUCUCUGUUAAUCUUCUUUCCGACCUUUAAUCGCCAAGCUGCCAUGAUCUCCACAGAGAGAAGCGGAUCCGGGUCAUUUCAAAACCCUAGAUCCCCACACGCAUCACAAAUGGCGCCUUAUCUUUCAAUAUCAGUGACCGACCCAGCUAAAAUGGGCAAUGGGGUCCAAGCUUAUAUCUCCUACAAAGUCACCACCAAGUCUAAUUUACCUGACUUCCAAGGGCAAGAAAAGAUUGUUAUUCGACGCUAUAGUGAUUUUGUUUGGUUGCACGAUCACCUUUUUGAGAAGUAUAAGGGAAUAUUUAUUCCUCCUCUCCCAGAGAAGAGCACUGUAGAGAAGUUCAGAUUUAGUGCAGAAUUCAUUGAAAUGCGAUGUCGAGCUCUGGAUGUUUUCAUUAACCGCAUAGCUUCACAUCAUGAACUUCAAAAAAGUGAGGAUUUAAGAAUAUUUUUGGAGGCAGAUGAACAGACAAUGGAAAGAGCGAGGUCCCAAGAGACUAGUAUUUUCAAGAAAAAGCCAUCCGAUCUGAUGCAAAUUUUUAAGGAUGUACAAUCAAAAGUGAGUGAUGUUGUUCUUGGAAAGGAAAAGCCAGUUGAAGAAUCAAAUUCUGAAUAUGAGAAGUUGAAGCACUAUAUAUUUGAGCUUGAAGAUCAUCUAGCUGAAGCUCAAAAGCAUGCAUAUCGUCUUGUAAAGAGACAUAGAGAGUUAGGACAGUCUUUGUCAGAUUUUGGAAAGGCAGUCAAACUCCUGGGAACUUCCGAAGAAAAUUCCCUUGGGAAGGCAUUUUCUGAACUUGGUGCAAAAUGUGAGCUGCAAUCGAUUAAGCUGCAGAAAGAGGCACAUAACCUUCUAAUGAAUUUUGAAGAGCCAUUGAAGGAUUAUGUUCGAGCAGUGCAGUCAAUUAAGGCCACAAUGGCAGAAAGAGCAAAUGCUUUCAAACAUCAGUGUGAACUGGCUGAAACAAUCAAGUUUAAGGAGAUAGAUAUAAACAAACUCAGGCUAAUGCGGUCUGAUAAGUUAGCCGAGGCUGAGCGUGAAUAUGAAGUGUUGAAGGUUGAGGGGGAAGAAGCAGCUGAAAGAUUCAAGACAAUAGCCCGUUUGAUGAAUGAAGAGAUUGUCCAGUUCCAAGAGCAAAAAACACUGGAUAUUGGUCUUGCUUUACACGAAUUUGCAAAGGGACAAGCGCAUCUAGCAAACAGCGUUGCAGAAGCCUGGCGAGGCCUUCUUCCCAAACUCGAGGCUUGCUCUUAAUCAGAGUAACGUAAAAUUGCUGAGUUUCCUUUCUAAUUCAGAGUCAGCUUUCUUUCAUUUCUCUGUUGUACUAAUUCCAAUUCUGACGUUAAUUUUAAAAGAGCAAAAAGAAUAAACACAAUCUGACAAUUUUCAGAACUAAGAGCCAUGUAAAUAAUUUACUUAUUAGCAACCACAACAGUGUGAGAUUUGGUGGCUGAAUAUGCUAAUUAUUGCUGUGAUAAGCAAUUGCUUGUUGCCCAGAACUGCAAAGAUUAACAAGCAAUUGUCUGAAACCAAAAAAUAGUGGAACUCAAAUCUGCAUCAUAAAGUGAUUGAAAUUCUCUGACACUGUCAUGGUUGCAAAUCCUAAUUUGCAUGAUGAGAAUACAGGCUGCCCUUUCGAGAUA